AUGGGGAUGCCUUUGAGUGGUGGACCUACGCCUGUCACCGUUGUUGAAGUGAGCAAGGAACUGAAGCUAAGAGGCAAGCGGAAAAUGGAAAAGAUUGCCGUUCCGAAGGAGGCUACGGCUACUAGCAGUGCAGCCAAGGUUGGAGUUGAACAUGUCCGAGGAGUCUGUAAGUUUUGUGACAAGCCAUUGACUAUUGGUCGCGCCUUCAACGAUCACGAGAAGGACGGAAGUAAAUUUGAAAGGUGUCCUCUCGAUCCGAAGCCCCCUCCAGACUCGAAUGCCGCCAUGUUCACGGAAAGGGUUAAGCAUGAAGCACGCUAA